UUUUUGACACUGUAGGGAAUUUUUCCUUUUUCGCUUUUACCUUGCGUCAGAAACGUCAAUGUCAAAACUGAAGUCAAGCUUAAGUAAAUAAAACAUGGCUCCUAGACGUGCAAAAGUAAAUAAGCUUGAUUAUAAAAAAUUAAGUGCUAAUGAUGUGAUUUGCCCAAUUUGUCGAAGUAUUUUAAUCAAACCAGUAACACUUCCCUGUAGCCACGGCUUUUGUUCAUCAUGUUUUGAGACAACAACAGAAAACGCAAAUGUAUGUCCUAUGUGCAGAGUGAGGGUUGGUUCCUGGCUUAGAUCUUCAAAAUCGAAAAAAUUGGUCAACGAAACGCUUUGGCAAGCAAUUCAAGAUCUUUUCCCGUUGCAAGUCAAAAACAAGUUAAAUGGAGUUGCUGAGAAUCAAGAAGAUAAAUACAAAGCAAACGAGCGAAAUAACAGUACAGUAAACGUACAAAGCAAACAAUCUGAACAACUGGCUUCACUUUCAUCAACAUCAUCCAAAAUUGCCACAAAAACUGCAGGUUCAGUAAGCACUCUUUCAAAAAGCCAUAACCAGACUCUUACAAAAACUGAAAAGAAUGACAAACGUUUUACAUUUAUCAAUAAUUUUGCUACAAAAGAAUACACAUGUAGAAUAUUGUGUCAAAACACCCAUUCAAAAGAAACGCAAAAAACCCUUUUCAAAGAAUCUCAGAUCUUAACACAAAAGAAAAAUAAAAGAAUUCAGGAAAUUGCAGAGUCUGAAAUGGCAAAUGAUAGGAGUAACAGCAUUGAGUCAGAGUGUUUAUAUUUUAAGCCGAUUGACUACCGACAUAAUCCCCCAUCAGAAGGGUUAGCUCCGAUUAAAGUUCCUACUAGAAAACCAAAUGUUAGCCCCCAUAUUAAAAUACUUGCUCCAAGUGGCCAAAAUCAGAUUAAUAUGAACUACUUGGAAUCAGCUUUUGCCAGAUUAUGCUCAGCAGCCUCAGAAGAAAAAAUGGGAACAUACAAAAAAGAAAACAUUCAGUGUCAGGUGAAAGAUGACAGUUCCAUUGUAUCCAAACGGAAACAAGAGAAAUCGGACAAUAAAGCAAGAAAGAAAAUUAAAUCAGUACAUACUGCUAAUCAAUUGAUGAAAUCAAAAAGUAUUGAAGUCACUUUAACAAAAGUUUGUGAUACUAACAAGUGUAAAAACUCAUGUGACACAGAGGGCUACAAUCUCCCGAUAAGAAAUACUAUUCCCAAAACAACAAACUUUAAGAAAACUAACAAUUUAAUCAGUGAAGAACAUAUUAAACGAUCGUUGCAGGAACAAGCGGAUUUCGAAUUAGCUACCAAGCUACAACAAACAUUUAACCAGUCCUCUGCAUAUUCCACGCGUAGCACCGUUCUCAAAAGGAUGGCGGCAAAAAAUCAAGUCCAAAUGGAAAUUAUGACACCAUAAAAUAAGUUAUGUUGAUUUUCAAAUGUAUCAAAAAUACAUUUAAAAUU